GGGGAAAGAGCGAGGGAGGAGAAUCGGAGAGACAGAGAGGAGGCUUUACUCAAACGGUGCGACAGUCUGAGGAGCUCGGAGUGAUGCAAGCAGAUGAACAAGUGAUGUGCAGCGCAAGUGAGAGGAUAUAGAGAGAGAGUUAGGCUAGCUAGGACAGACACACAAGGAGGGAGAGAGAGGCUGUGAAAACAGAGGCAGACAGUGACUCAUCUGCCCCACUUCUGGACUCUGUCCGGACUUCCCGAGGAGCGUCCAGCUGCCACACAGUGAGAAGCAAGAUGGGAGUGAGACCAGAAUCUCAGGGACACUAGAGCCCCAGCUGUUCCAACCAACGCUACCAUACACCACUGCGCCAUUCCACAAGUGCCACACACAACAGCUGAUUCUGUCUGGACACACUUGGUGUUCAAUCUCGAUUUAUCUCCCGGAAAAUCCUCUUUCAGCUGUGUCUUCUUUUGUCUGAGUUUUAUCACUCGUAGCUCUCUGUCAUCUGCUCAUGAAAUGACUGUGCUUAUAUAUUACACUGAUGUUUUUGUUGGAAAAUAUGGGUUUGUGCUUUAUUAUAUAUUUCUAAGAAUAUUUGUGCAGUGUGGAUGAUAAGUACAACUGAUUUAUAUAGCUCUUUUGCAUCCAAAUGUUCACUAAGGUUGUGACUCAUUUAAACAUGCAAGUCCAGGCGUAUCCAACAGUCCUAUAAUUUGUAAUUAAAUGUUGGUCAUAUUAUUAACAUAUUAAUUUCAUUGUUUUUUACGGACAUUAUCUGUUCUUUUUUUGGUCAUUUACAAUUUUUUUCGUUUCCAUCUCUAUCUUUUGAGGGUUGCUUUUGGCUUCAGGAAGUCAUGCGGAGAAUUGAUGUAUUUCUCAUGGUUCAGUGGCCAUAUGGUACAUGUCAUAGUAAAGGGACGGACGCAGUUGUGGAAUGUGAUGACUUCCCAUGUGGAAGCAGGUUGAGAACACAUGAUCUUGAAUAUUUUUUCAAUAUUCGGUUUUCUCCCGGUUAAUUAACAGCUAAUUUUGCCAUGAAAAUAUUUUAACCUGAAUGAAGUUCUGUUUGUGUGACAUAUUGCUCUUUCUUCCAGAAGGACAGAUAUAAAGCGCUGAAAAUGUAGAAAAGAGGAUAAUUUAGGGGGGAUAAUUUGAUAAAUCAACGACCGAUUUGUUCAUCUGUCAGCUGCCAGCUUCGUCUUAUCCUGACAAAUGGGUUAGUGAAGCGGAAAAAACCUGCCGGGGAUAUUUUUGGACGUUAGAAAGUGAAUGGUGCCGAGCUCUCGGGUGAUUAAAAGUGGAGACAAUCUGACUCAUGUGGGAUUGGUUUUAUAAAGUCGCUCACACUUGGGGACGGGGCUUUUACUUACAGCAAUCUGACUUGAUCUGAGCGGAGCCAAGCAAUGAGGAACAGACAGAGAUUAGGAGAGAAUUUGGAUUGUAUUGUCAGUGUAGCUCACACCAUCUGUACCUUCCUGUCUUAUAUCUAUAGCAAGACGUUGAAAAAAACUGUAACAACCAACGUAAUCACAACCAGGCUUUUCUUGUUUGACCUUUAUAAUAUUGCCAUGUUUCUUCUCAUCUGUCUAGCCGCAUGAGUUCAACUCGACAAAAUGGCAUGCUUCAAUAUCUACUCCAAGGAAACCUGCUUCUUCUCCUUUGUCUUCCGGCAUUUCCUCUCAACCUUGUCCCCCUCAACCUAUCUCGUGGUUGUCUUCCUUUCCUUCUCUUGCACAGUACUGGUUUCUAAUAUCCAACAAGUUCUACUGUGAUAGCUCCUCCUUUACAACUUAUCCUCCAACUCGCCGUUACCCUUCUCACUUUCUCCUCAACAAACAUCGUGGUCCAUGACCACAGAAUUAUUUGCAAUGAUUGAAAAAAUGCAGGGUAAAAGGAUGGAUGAGCAGAGAUGCACCUUUCCUCCUCCACUCAAGACGGAGGAGGACUACAUCCCUUACCCAAGUGUCCACGAGGUUUUAGGUAGAAAGAGCCCCUUUCCUCUCAUCCUCCUGCCUCAGUUUGGGGGCUACUGGAUUGAAGGAACCAACCAUGACCUAAGUGACGCUGAGCAGCUGCAGCCUACGUCCCCAAAUACUCGGACUAAACUGGAAUGUAACACAACAGCUACGCUUUUCAGGAAACAUUUUCUGGGAAAGGAGCACUUUAAUUACUAUUCAGUGGACAGUGCCCUUGGACAUCUGGUGUUCUCGGUGAAGUACGAUGUGAUUGGUGACCAGGAACAUCUCCGCCUCAUGCUGAGGACCAAAUUAAAAACCUACCAUGAUGUGAUCCCCAUUUCGUGUCUGACAGAGUUCCCUAAUGUGGUCCAAAUGGCCAAGCUUGUUUGUGAGGAGGUCAACGUAGACCGCUUCUACCCGGUGCUUUAUCCAAAAGCAUCAAGACUUAUUGUUACAUUUGACGAACAUGUGAUAAGCAACAAUUUUAAGUUUGGGGUCAUUUAUCAAAAGUUUGGUCAGACUACAGAGGAGGAGCUUUUUGGCAACAGUGAGGAGAGUCCUGCUUUUACAGAAUUCCUCGAGUUCCUCGGGGAGAAAAUUGAACUCCAUAAUUUUAAAGGUUUUCGGGGAGGCUUGGAUGUGACUCAUGGGCAAACUGGCACAGAAUCUAUCUACUGCAACUACCGCAACAAAGAGGUCAUGUUCCAUGUGUCAACGAAGCUGCCUUACACAGAGGGGGACACCCAGCAGUUGCAGCGAAAGAGACAUAUAGGAAACGAUAUUGUUGCCAUCAUGUUCCAAGAGGAAAACACACCGUUUGUCCCGGACAUGAUUGCCUCCAACUUUCUUCACGCCUACGUUGUGGUCCAAGUGGUCAACGCGUGCUCGGACAACGUCUUCUACAAAGUGUCAGUGACAGCUCGUGAUGAUGUACCGUUUUUCGGCCCCGCCUUGCCAAACCCUGCCAUCUUUAAGAAAGGCCCUGAAUUCCAUGAAUUUCUCUUCACUAAACUCAUUAAUGCUGAGUAUGCAUGUUACAAAGCAGAGAAAUUUGCUAAACUAGAGGAGCGAACACGGUCGGCUUUGCUAGAGACUCUCUAUGAGGAGCUCCAUGUCAACAGCCAGGCCAUGAUGGGAGUCGGAGGAGAGGAGGACAAACUGGAGAACGGGAGCGGAAGCGGAGGGGGCUUCUUUGAAUCGUUCAAGCGGGUGAUACGCAGCAGGAGCCAGUCUAUGGACGCCAUGGGUCUAACUUUCAAGAAACAACACUCAGUGUCCACUAGUGGCAGCUUUAACCACAACCCUGCAGACAGCCCCAAAUUCCCAGGGAUAUCAUUGCUGGUACCGGGGAAAAGUCCCAGUAAAUAUGGACGCCGAGGCAGUGCCAUAGGGAUAGGAACAGUAGAAGAGUCUUUAAUUAUUCCAGGUAAAAGUCCCACUAGGAAGAAGUCUGGCCCCUUCAGCUCCAGGAGAAGCAGUGCCAUUGGAAUAGAAAAUAUACAGGAAGUCCAAGAGAAAAGCAGAGAGAACUCUCCGAACACCCAGAAGACCCCUGACAGUGGUCACGUCUCGCAGGACCCCAAAUCUGACAAUUCCUCCAAUCAGAGCUCUCCGGAAGUUCUCACAACGAAAAACAGGACUCCCUCUAUCCCUGAAGGUCACGACCUCUCGCGCUCAUCCUCUAACGCCAGCAGCUUUGCCAGCGUGGUGGAGGAGAACGAGACGGAGGCCACGGAGGAUUACGACACGGGCAUGGAGAGUCUGUCGUCGGCUGGCACGCCACACAAGCGCGACUCCUUCACCUACACGCCCUGGGUGGAAGACAACGUCAGCAGCACCAGCAGCACCAGCCGCAGUAGCUCUCAAGGAGGCGGCAAACCUGACCGAGGGAAGGGGGCCGACAUCCGAAUCAGACUGGAAUGUUCACCAGAUCGUCACUCCUCAUCGAACUGCUAGCUUCACUCACCUGGAUGUACCCUGGAUUUUCAUAUUCAGCAUUCUCAUUGGUCACAUCCCUGAGGAAGACGGGACAAGAGGACGUGCCUGUGACAUUGAUGAGGCGGAAGGCAGCGUGUGAGUUGCCAGUCAACUGCUCACUCGAGCCUGCUGAGCCGGGAGGGAACUGGAGAAGAUGACGCACAGAGACGGGCCCGCUUUUGCACAGUUGUCGUCUUCGCCUGUUUACACGUUUGUUGCCUAUUGUUUUCCACCCAGAGCACACGCUUCGCCCUCCAGUUCAUUCAAAAAAGCUUUGACUUUGUCUUAUAGAGGCCUAAGUGUCUGGGGUCGCACAGGGUCGCUGCAGUGCCACGGAGUGUCAAGAUUGUAACCAGGAGAUAUAGUCUGGAUUACGACAUUGCAUUGGUCUCUAAAGCUUGGACAAUGCUAGAGGCCAUCUUGGCCAUUCCCUUAAUGAAGAUGCGCAUCUGCAGAUGAACAUAUGUGCCAUGUAGUAGGAAAAAUGGUGGUUGCCGUCUUCAUAAAAAAUGUCAGCCUUUUCAAGCAAAUUUGGUGUGCAAAACUAAUCCUUCACAGCUUCACAUGUAAAUAAAGAUUAUUAUUGUCAUUAAUAAUAUUAUUAUAAUAACAUUAAUAUUAUUCAAUUCUCUGUGAUAUAAUAUUGAAUAAAAUGGCCUUAAACCACAGCUAUGGUCCCACAGAUGUAUUUUACCUCAUUCUCACUAAAAAAUGUGACAUUGGUAUUAGUUGAACUAAUACUUUUAUUUGAAGAAUCACAUGAGCACAGCGGCGGUUCCUAAGGAGACAGUGCAAUGCAGUAAUGUGACAGCUAUAUUAUCUGUGUUGAUUAAUGUCUUGUGUUUUGCUUCUGUUUUUCACCUUGAGUGAAGAUACGUUUGUAUUUAUUCCCUCUGGUAUCCAUUUGAUACAUGGCAACAUCUUACUGCUCUGACUGUCUGUAUUCGUUUGACGUCAUAUGUAAUGUUCCAGAACUUGUCAGGCGUUCGAUGUUCCUUUGCAUCACAAUUAAAAGAUGGCAACUUAUUUUAAGUCUGAAAAUGUCCACUCCAACUACUGAUUUAUAUAUAUGUAUGAGUUUAUUGUGUAUAAUUUGUUUUGCCGACGACUUGAAAAGACUGAUGUGAAGGUAGUUUAUUGUUGUUUUAUUUAUUGUAUAUUUCCCCUUUAAUGCUUGUAAAAUAAAAUCAUUUAAAAAGUGUACAGAUUACUCUUUUAAGGGGGACCGCUGCAGUACUCUGUGUUGUCAUUUCAGUUGCCUUAUCACACACUCGCAAUGUGAAUAAACCUAAUAUGUUGGUCUUGGCAUUUAUAUGGAUGUCCAUUUUGUUGUAAUUUUUAUUGAAAAUAAACGUGCUAUGACUUUUA